AUGGACCAGCAACAUCAAGAGGAGUCGUGUGUCCCCCCUGGGUUCAGGUUCCACCCAACAGAGGAGCUGGUGGGGUACUACCUGACCAGGAAGGUGGCCGCCCAGAAGAUCGACCUCGACAUCAUCCAGGAGGUUGAUCUCUACCGGAUUGAGCCAUGGAACCUGCAAGAGAGGUGCGGCCGCGGCAGGGGAGGAGCGCGUCAGGCGGCGGAGGAGGAGCAGUCGUUGUCGGAGUGGUACUUCUUCAGCUUCAAGGACCGCAAGUACCCGAGCGGCACGCGCACCAACCGCGCCACGGAGGCCGGGUUCUGGAAGGCCACGGGCUGCGACAAGCCGGUGACAUCGUCGAGGAGCCGAGGGGUCAUCGGCAUGAGGAAGACGCUUGUGUUUUACAGGGGCCGCGCUCCCAAUGGUAGAAAGACGGACUGGAUCAUCCACGAGUACCGUCUCCAGACCAGCGAGCACGCGCCCACACAGGUCAGUUCAUCUUUUCCUGAUCAGUUCUUCGUUUUCUUGUUGACAAUUUGGCGCUGA